AUACAAGGACUGGCAGGUUAUCAGCAUGAAUUACUAAGGGGAAAAAAGAAAAAUAAAUUUGCCAUAAAUGUUAAAUUCAGCUCUGGAGGAAUGACCAUGGUGAAAAGGAAGGGACUGUUAUUUUCGCUGCUGUACUUUAUGGCAGAGUUUUGGCUCACUUCGCAGCAAGUCCUGAGAAUUGGGGGCAUCUUUGAGACUCUUGAAAAUGAGCCCAUUAGUGUUGAAGAACUGGCCUUUAAAUUUGCCGUAACUAACAUAAACAGGAACCGGACCUUAAUGCCAAACACCACGCUGACCUAUGACAUCCAGAGAAUAAACUUAUUCGACAGUUUUGAGGCUUCAAGAAGAGCCUGUGACCAGUUGGCGCUGGGCGUCGGUGCUGUUUUUGGACCCUCUCACAGCUCAUCGGUCAGCGCAGUCCAGUCUAUCUGUAAUGCCCUGGAAGUCCCUCACAUCCAGACACGCUGGAAACACCCAUCAGUGGACAACAAAGACAGCUUCUACAUUAACCUCUAUCCUGAAUAUGCCUCUAUAAGCAGAGCUGUGUUGGACAUAGUGCAAUUCUACAAGUGGAAGACGGUUACUGUGGUCUAUGAGGAUGCAACUGGCCUGAUUCGUCUGCAAGAGUUGAUCAAAGCUCCAUCCAGAUACAGCAUUAAAAUAAAGAUCCGGCAGCUGCCCACAGGAAGUAAAGAUGCCCGUCCCCUGCUGAAGGAAAUGAAGAAAGGGAAGGAGUUCUAUGUCAUCUUUGACUGCUCUUACCAAACAUCAGCUGAUGUUCUCAAGCAGAUUCUGUCCAUGGGAAUGAUGACUGAAUAUUACCACUUUUUCUUCACCACAUUGGACCUGUUUGCCCUUGAUUUGGAGCCGUACCGCUAUAGCGGGGUCAACAUGACGGGGUUCAGAUUGCUAAACAUAGACAAUCCUCAUGUGGCUUCGGUGGUCGAAAGAUGGGCCAUGGAGCGACUGCAGGCACCCUCCAAAGCCGAGACUGGAAUGAUGGAGGGGAUGAUGACAACUGAAGCAGCUCUGAUGUACGACGCCGUCUACAUGGUGGCUGCUGCCUCACAACGCACCUCUCAGAUCACUGUGAGCUCCCUUCAGUGCCACCGACACAAACCCUGGCGCUUUGGAUCACGCUUCAUGAGCAUGCUCAAAGAUGCACAGUGGAACGGCUUGACAGGACAAAUAAUAAUAAACAAGACGGACGGUCUGAGGAAAGAAUUUGAUUUAGAUGUCAUCAGCCUGAAGGAGGACGGCUUGGAGAAGAUUGGUGUGUGGAACUCCCAAACAGGCCUUAAUUUAUCAGAAAUUAACAAGGAUUCAUCCACAAAUGUGACAGACUCAAUGGCCAAUAGGACCCUUAUUGUCACUACUAUUCUGGAAAAUCCUUAUGUCAUGUAUAAGAAAUCUGACAAGCCGCUUUAUGGAAAUGACCGCUUUGAGGGUUACUGUCUCGACCUGCUCAAAGAGCUCUCUAACAUUUUGGGCUUCUCUUAUGAAGUAAAGUUGGUGUCAGAUGGCAAAUAUGGAGCUCAGAAUGACAAAGGGGAGUGGAAUGGCAUGGUGCGGGAACUCAUUGAUCAUGUGGCUGAUCUUGCUGUGGCCCCUCUCACUAUCACAUAUGUCAGGGAAAAAGUUAUUGAUUUCUCGAAGCCAUUCAUGACGCUGGGAAUCAGCAUCCUCUACCACAAACCCAACGGCACAAAUCCAGGAGUCUUCUCCUUCCUUAACCCACUCUCUCCUGAUAUCUGGAUGUACGUGUUGUUGGCAUGCCUUGGUGUCAGCUGUGUGCUUUUUGUUAUUGCCAGGUUUACUCCUUAUGAGUGGUACAACCCUCACCCCUGCAACCCAGACUCGGAUGUGGUUGAAAACAAUUUCACUCUAAUAAACAGUGUCUGGUUUGGAGUCGGCGCACUUAUGCAGCAAGGAUCUGAACUGAUGCCGAAGGCUCUCUCUACAAGGAUAGUUGGUGGGAUAUGGUGGUUCUUUACCCUGAUCAUUAUCUCUUCAUAUACUGCCAACUUGGCCGCCUUCCUCACAGUGGAAAGAAUGGACUCGCCAAUUGACUCCGCUGAUGAUUUGGCCAAGCAAACCAAAAUAGAGUACGGUGCCGUAAGAGAUGGCUCCACCAUGACCUUUUUUAAGAAAUCGAAAAUCUCUACUUAUGAGAAAAUGUGGGCUUUCAUGAGCAGCAGGAAAAACACAGCAUUAGUGAAAAACAACCGUGAAGGGAUUCAAAGAGUCCUCACUACAGAUUAUGCCCUCUUGAUGGAGUCGACCAGCAUCGAGUACAUCAGCCAGCGCAACUGCAACCUCACACAGAUCGGAGGCUUGAUAGACUCAAAGGGCUAUGGUGUUGGAACCCCAAUUGGCUCCCCUUACCGAGAUAAGGUCACCAUUGCAAUCCUGCAGCUUCAAGAAGAAGGGAAGCUCCACAUGAUGAAGGAGAAGUGGUGGAGAGGGAAUGGCUGCCCAGAAGAGGAUAGCAAAGAGGCUAGUGCCCUGGGCGUGGAGAACAUAGGGGGAAUCUUUAUUGUAUUGGCAGCUGGACUAGUCCUCUCAGUUUUUGUAGCAAUUGGAGAGUUUAUUUACAAAUCCAGAAAAAACUUGGACAUCGAUGAGGUGAGCGUCGGCCAGUGCGAAUGGCACAACAAGUAUUAACAAAGACUGUUAUGACCAUACUACACGCUUGUGUUGUCGUUCCAGGACUACAGCAAUCACUAGGCCAAUAAAAACUGAAGUCUGAAUGUGUCGAACUGCAUUGUUACAAUCAAAACAAGUUUUUAAGGCAAAGUUUUGUGUUUUCAGUAGUUUUUAUGUAGAGCACACAAACAUUUUAGUCUCGAUUGGAAGAAUAGGUUAGAAACCCUUUUUAUGAUGAUGACAGAUUGUUGUUGACUUCUGACAUCGUGACUCUUGACCAUCUUGGCCUUGCUCUUUGUUUUUGUUUUUUUAAACAUUACUCCGUGUGAGAGAAAUGUCAUUUUCAUGGUGUUAUGGGUAAGUGAUGGUAAGUGGUAUCUUUCCAGUAAUGACUGAUUCUCUUAUGACACGUUUGUCAUUUUCAUAUUUACAGCGCACGGGAACUUUGACACAUUUACAAACUUGUUGAUUUAUUUGACAGUUUAUGAGUGAGUACUCCCUCAACAUCUUAUUCAUCAAGUUGCUUAAUGUCUGUACUUUUUUUGUAUCAUAUGAAGUUUAUGAAAUGCAUGGAUACGUUUUGUCAUGUUGGAGCUGUUUCAAAAUGACUAAAAAUAUGUGAGAACAUUACAUCCUUUAACCUUUAA